AGAAGAUGUUCAUCGAUCUCAUCAGGAAAAAUGACCUACGGACCUAUUUCCAAGAGGAGAAAGGUCCGCAAAGGGACGCGAAGCUGCUGGGAGUGCAAACGGCGAAAGGUGAGGUGCAUCUUCAGCUCCCCUGCCAGCCUCUUCUGCGAUCACUGCAGGCGACGCGGAUCAACCUGUAUCAGCCAGGAGCACCCAGAUAGCCCGGACUCAUCCACUGGAAAUGCGGUCGAGGUUCGACUCCACCGCGUUGAGAAACUCAUCCAGCAGUUGAUCAGCCCUGCUGGCUCUGAAGAGCGCUCCGAAGCUCCCUUGACCCCGAGCACGCUAGAGGAGAGAGAAGAGGCUCGUGAAGAGGUAUUCCCGGUACCCCCUGCCAUAACCAUCACUGCCAGCCAGCAUGACAUAGCUCGGGAGCUUGUCGCGGCAUGGCCCAGUCAGGCCGAGCUCGACAUCAUCUACACCCUUCCAGCUGGGCUUUCGGCGUAUUUGCACUGCGGAAUAUGCGCUCCUUCUGCUCAGGACCUGCCAUCGCCGCGGGAGAUGCUAAAAUUGCCUCCGCCAGGUUCUCAUCCGGUCCUGGUUGCGCGGAAGCUCCUGGUCCUCGGGAUAUUCCUCCAAGGCGUUCGUCCAUCGACAAUGCAUAGCUUGGGUGAUCUGGGUAACACCUACCGCGAAACCAUGUCCCGCGUCGUCAACCGGGCCAUCAGGCUAGUGACGACAAAUGACAACCUCACCAGCUCCGUCGAGGGUAUCGAGUGCAUCAUGUUCGAGGGCCUCUACCAGAACUAUGCAGGGAAUCUGCACCAGGCGUGGAUGGCAGUGCGACGAGCGACCGCCAUCGCGCAGAUGAUGGCCCUUCACCGCGGCCUUGCCUCGCCAUCACUGAAAACCCUCGAGCCCGAGACCCGGGCGAUUUUGGACGCGGACCACAUGUGCUUUCGUCUAGUGCAAAUGGACCGCUACCUUUCGCUCAUGCUAGGCCUACCACCGACAUCGCUAGAGAUCCGCUUUCUUGCUCCAAAGGCAAUGGAAGAAUGCCAACCUAUUGAUCGCAUGCAGCGCAUCCACUGCGCCGUUGCCGGACGUAUUCUGCAACGUAGCGAUGCGGACGUCAACAACCUCGCCAACACUCACGACAUUGACCAGCAGUUACAGAAGGCAGCUGCCGAGGUGCCGCCCCAGUGGUGGCUAAUUCCAGGUCUGACAUCUAGCAAUAGCGACGGGCUAGAGACAAUUCAAGAUACAAUUCGUCUUAUGGACCAAUUCACUCACUACCAGCUGCUGCUCCGACUCCAUCUGCCCUAUAUGUUGCGCUCUUCGUCGGACCACCGAUACGAUCCCAGUAAACUCACUAUCAUCACCGUUAGCCGGGAGAUUCUGUCCCGGUACAUCGCGUUCCGCACCUCCAACCCUGCGCAUUACUACUGCCGCGGCACCGAUUUUCUCGCCUUUGUGGCCACAACGGUCCUUUGUCUCGCCCACAUCGAUUCAUACGGACAGUGUCCAAUCCCUGGAACGGUCAUGAACUUCCUCGCCCACAGUCGCCCCAGUGACCGUGGUACGAUGGAACGUACCUAUGAAAUUAUCGAGACCAUGGCACGCUCUGGGACCGACGGGAUCGCCAUGAAACUGGCCCGGGUCAUCCAUCAUCUACUCGCCGUGGAAGCCACUGCCGCUAAUGGCACCAUCUACCAGACCAGCACAUCCAAAGGCAGCGAGGGCGAAUUCGAGUAUGACGGCAAGUUGACCAACGGCGGCACUUCGCUUCACGUGUAUAUUCCCUACUUUGGUACAAUUGAUUUCGAACAAAAACCUUCACACUUGUCUACAUUUUCUGCCGCGGAGUGUGUGCCGCAGAUGGUAUCUUUCAGCCCCAAAAUUUCCGAUCCAGAGUUCUCCGGACAGAAUGAUUGGGACCUGCAGGGAGUUGAUGUGGCCCUCUUCAAUAGCUUGUUUGGGGAGACGGCCACUGCCGAUGCAGAUGAGGCUUGGGUGCAGUGGGAGGGCUAACAGACUGCAAUUGCGAUCAUUUCAAGGCAAGAAAUAUCAAAGAUGAGUCUAAAGGUAUUGAUAAUAAGAGUGCCGGACAAGGUUCAGGCAACUUUCAAUGUCAUAAACCAGCCUAAAAUUCCUGCAAUAUUGUCGGAAAACGCCCGGAAUACCAAUUGUUUAUAACAAAGGAAAUCUCCUACAUGGAAUUGAUUUAUCUCGGAUGCCAAGAUCAAUGCAGGUGAAAGAGUCCCAAUCUUGAUAAACUCAUACUGGAUUUGACUUCUCAUACAAAGGAGAUAUCCUACAUAUGAGGCAAUGAAAUCCAUCUAAAUAACUACUAUCCGUU